AUGAGGCAGAUAAUUCCUCGCAGCGUAGUUAGUAGAUUUCCAAAGGUACAUUUGGCAGUAGAGCGCAAGUCGAGGCACUCUGUCUUCUCGAAUCGAGUAUUUAGCCCAGGCCAGUUCGUACACCCACACGACAGAAUCAAGUACUGGAAUAUCGUACCCAAGGACAGCAUAAGGAUACUGAAAGGACGUGAGGAUAUCAAGAGAGAUGACAGCGGCAACGACGUUAUCACGCCUGUCCUCCAGGUGGACCAGUUCAAGAACAGAAUCUUCCCAGAAUCUGGCGUGAAGCAAAAAAGAAGUGUGCCACUCUCUGCAAGCAAUCCAGACAUCAGAUUCCAAUCGAAAGUGAAGCCAGUCCAUUAUUCCAAUGUACAGCUCUAUUUGGGUCAUCUGCCACCUAAGAAUGAUCCACAGGGCGAGCAAUUACCCACAUACGCUGUUGGAUUGAGGCGUUCCAAAGCCUUUGUCAGGUCGAAACUCAGACUAGACGGCACCAAACACCAGCACAGGCUGGUGUGGAAAAGGUACGCCACCAAGAUAUCGCCUCCGGACCGUGACUACGACAUGAGCAAGUCGAUUCCAUGGCCGACAUAUGAGAAGACGCAGCGCAAGGACUACACAAACAAGGAGACACCGGAGGAUGUGCUCAACAGGGUGACAUACACGCCAUCCCCGCCCACCAAAGCAAACAGUCGUACUGCGUACAAUUACAUACUCGGCAAGAAGGACGCAGGACCGAUCGAGGUGGCUAUCGCACACGAGCUCGCUAACCCUCACUCCAAGCAUAAGAGAGCUCACCGUUAUGCGCAGAAACAGCGUAAAUGGGCUUACAGACUUGAGGAACUGGAGAAGACGGAGAAGGUGUCAGGCGUUUGGAAUAGCGCGGCGAAAGCUCAAAAUGAAGCUCGUAGAUUGUGGCUUAUUGAAAGAGCUCUUGCCAAGUCGGAGCAGUACAUGGUCGACACACAGGGCACUCCCGCCAAGAGAGAGAACAAGAGAAUCGUGAGAGAGGCUAAGAAGACAGCUAAGGAGGCGAGAAGAACUGCGCUACUCAACAACCUCGUCCUCAACAAAGAUGGAAAGAUUGUACAUAAGCGCGAUUUGUAG